AUGAGAAAGAAGGAAAAAAAAAAAGAAACCGUGAUGAGAUCAACCGUUGAACCUGCGUUGUGAUAUGUAUAAUGUGAACGUAACGAAAAUGACAUACAUAAGACACACUUUCACAAAUCUUUAACUGCUCUUUUUUUCUGAAUCCCGCGGUGUUUCGCUGCGACGAUCGUAGCAACAUUAGCAGUUUCCCUUCACAAGGUGAUGUAACGUAGAAACAAGACGAAUGUCCUUAAAGAAAUUCCAUGCGGUUAAUCCUCCUCUCUCAGGUAUGGAAUUUGAAAUAAUGAUAAAUAUCAUUGUAGCGAUAUAAGGUUUCAUAUUUUCAUAUUAAAUAUCGUAGAUCACUCGAAAGGAAGGAAAGGAUUAGUUCCAAAAGAAACGGAGCAAUAGUAGCAGUGGCGAUAAUGAUGCUGACGAUGAUAUUGAUGACAGUAAUGUUAGUGGAUGGUACUAGAAAUAGCGCACUCUAUUCGUAUUGUUGGAUAUUAGGAUUCCUGAAAAUGAAAGCAACUGUUUUUAUAUAUGUUUUCUGUCUCCAAUAAUUGAUUCUGCUGCUCGUUCAAACAAUAUAUUAUUCAUAAUACACAUAAACUUAUAAUAUACAAAAUAAUAUUUCGAUAUGAAAUAUUACUUUAUAUCAAACUCGUUGCAGCAACACUUUUUUACGCGAGAAUCACAACAAUUUUUAUUAAGGAAUAUGCACAUCAAUUUUUACACAGGAAUAUGCCCGUUUCACUAACUUCAAUUUCAACAAUACUUUUUAAUCAUUCAUAGGAAACUAUUUUUAUCGUAUUAAUAAUGUGUUUCUUUCAAUCUUUCACCAUCUCCUUCUCCCUUUUUCUUUUUCUCUAUUCCUUUUUUUGACUUCGCACUUCUUCCUUUUAUCAUUUAUUCAACUUACAUAUUGAAUAAUUAAUGGACAUAAUAAUUUUAAUUUUAAUUUGAGGUUUUAUUCACAAGAAGUGAAUAUAUAUUACACACUAUAAGAUAAACCUAUAAAAUUGAAUUUGUUUCAAUAUAAAAUUUUGCCUUAUAAUUUUCUGUAAAAUUCUGUUAAAAAUUUUCAUAAUGAAGUUAGUGGAACAUUACAUAAUUUCAUUAAAUGUCAUCGAUCGUAUUUUCUAUUUUAAUUGGAACUGAAAGGUGGAAAACAGCAACAAACCAUAGGAUGAUACUAGUAAAAAAAAAAGUGUAUAUUAUUUGUUAGUAACAAUACUACGUAAAAAAUUUUAAUAAAUGUAAACUUUUACUUUUCUUUAUAAAAUUCAAAGAUACUAAUUUACUUAUUUGUAGCAUGUAAAUACAAGUUAUAUUAGUUAAUAUUGGAAUAAUAUUGUUAACAAUAGCCAUAGUAUAAUAAUAAUGACAAUAACAAUAGCGGCAGUAGUAUUUUUAAAACGAUAACGAACAACAUUUUUGUAUAAUUUUUAACCCUUUGCUAGUAAUAAAAUAACAUUUAUACAUUUUAAUUAAUAAAAAUAUUGACUUUUCUUUUUUAAUUAUAAAAUAUUUCUCUCAAAUCGUUUUCACUAGAUAUGACAUCUUUCUCUUCUCUUGCAGAUUGCAAAUUCCAUCUACUUAUUUUUAAAUCAAAAUCGAAUUAUAUAAAUUAAAUACAUUAUAAUAUAAUAAAAAAAUCAUUAAUAUUGUCGGAAGAUAAUUGUUAUGAAUAUUAAAUGAAACCCUUUAGAUGCUUUAAGUUAAAAUAAAUUAAAAUUUUUCAUUUUUCAAUUGAUCAUAUUUAAAUAAUUUUUUCAACUAAAAUUAUUCUGAAUUCUUGAAUAUGAAAUAUUGUUAUUACAGAAAUUUUUGUGAAAUAAUAAUAUUCCAUCGUCUAACGAUUCAUCAAACUAUCUCUAUUCAAUAUUUAGUUUAGAAAUUCUAAACAAAAUAGAAAAAACUUAAUCUCUAAGUAUGAAACUCAGACAGAACUAUAA